AUGCCGAAAUCUGCAAACAAUACCCUUAAACCAUGGGUAUCUUUACUAUUUGCCUCAAUGAGAAGGCAGGCAUUAGCAAAAAGAUUCAAUUAUAGAGAUAAUGUCCCAUUUUUAAGAACACGUUCCCUUAAUUCCACAAUAGAAUGUAUAAAUCAUGAGAAUCUAACAAAGGUACCCAUAGAGACUUAUCGAACUCUCUCAAAUAUAGAGAUCCCUCAAUUACAAGAUAUACUCAUUAAAGAUAUAAAUAUUCCUAAAGGUUCCUCUGCGAUACAGUUGGUAAGAACAGACAAAGCUUCCCAAUCAAUGAAGCAUCUGGAAAUAGCAGAUUGGGCUUCCAUUGUCCCUAUGUUCAUUAAUCCAAUCUUACCAAAUUAUGAACUAGCAAACAAAAAUAACAGUCAAUGGCCUGAAUUUGCAAUGAAGCAAACUAUAAAAUUGGUAUCAACUGCUGAUCAGAAUAUUAUUCUGAAUAAAACACUCUGGCCUCAGUCCAUCUUUUCAAAUAAUUGUCGAGCCAUUGGUGUAAAUAAUCAAAAAUACAAUGAACUGCAAGGAAAGGGGAAACCGAUGACGUUUAUCAAUCCGUCAAAUGGUAACCAUUUACCAAUACUUAUAUUAGAGAACGUUGGUGAUAUACCAGAUGGAUGUGAUUCUAUAGGUAUUUUCCCACGAUUUGUGCCUGAACAUAGGAAAUUAUUUCAUCAGCUUGACCUUCUUGAUUCCUAUGGGGCUUCUAUUGAUUCACCUCCAUGCAAUCAUAAAGAACUAGAAAAAAUCAAAAAUGAGAGGACAAGUUUAAUUAAAGGUUUCAACAAAUCUAUUCACAAUCGUCGUGAAGCCAAAAUAAAACCUCCUAAAGGCGAAUUGACGUCAUUAAAGAGAUUGUUAGAGAGAACUAUAAGUCAUAAAACGUUAUGGAGUAGAGCGAAAAGUGAAGAUCGAACAUGUCCAGCGGAUGUUUUACGUUGCAUUUUACUUUCCAAUGAAAUUGAUACAAAUGCCAUUAGAGUUGAAUUUAUCAAGAGUUUUAUCUUAUAUAAUAUUUUGACUCAAUCCUGGAGAUUGAAUGAUCAACUUAAAAAGGAUAUUAUUGAUAUACGUAAUUAUUCCUCUUCUGGACAAGUAAUUGAUAAUUUGAAUUGGAAGAGUUGGGAUUUAUAUAUUUGGAGAAAGCACGAAGAAAUAAAUGCAAUGGAACUACCACAAAAUUUAGAUGAUGUGGUCUUAGCAAAGGAAAGAUUUGAUGAAUUUUUGAAAAAAUUACUGAAUUACCAAUGCAUGAUUGUUUCUGAAAUGAAACAUCUUAAGACAAAAUUUUUAGAGGGUACUUCUGCUCCUACAGCUCCACCAAGAGCUAUAACAGUAUCUAUUAUUUUCCAAACAAUUUUGCAAAAUAAUAAAUGGAUCCAGGUGUUUUAUCCAGGCUUCAUGACUCUAAUUAAUGAUAGCUUACCGGAUUUCGGUUUGAAAUUGGAACCAAACAAUAUACAUAAAAGACAAGAGGAAAAUAUGAUUUUUGAAGGAGAAAAAAUUAAUGCAAUUAUGAAAGCAAUGUUAGAUGCAGAAGCUUAUUUAUAUGAGGAUAAGUUUGCAAAUAAUAAACCACUAAAAAUCGUUGAAGUAACCCGAAUGGAGAAUUGGAAAUUGGUUAUCUUAUCUAAGCUUCCAUUUCCUAAAGAAGUUGCGAAAUUGCUACAAUAUAAUAGCAAAAUCUAUACGCAGUUUGUUAAUGAUCCAGAAGACGUUGAUAGAAAUGGAUACUCUAUGUGCACUUUCAAGAAAAUGAUUGACAAAGAUACAUUUUUGUAUUUGUAUCGUUUGAAAGAUUUCAAACAGUUAUCUCAAGAAAAAUUGAUGCAGACAAUAGUAGACGAGGUCGAUUAG